GGCCGCUCUGAAACCGCUCGAAUGGCUUGGCGGAGAGGAUUAAACCGAAACAAAAUAUGAUCUUUUGACUCUAUGCGUUCACCCAAGCAAAUUACUGCUGUGCAAAUGGACUCUUAAAGGUUCGUACUUGGUGGUGAAGAUGAAGUAGUUUCACUGAAAGCGAGAUUUCGUGGAUAUUUUAGUGUUUUUUCGUCGCUCGCCUGUUUGUUGGUCUACACGGUUUCAACAAGCUAGCGCUAGCCUCUAUUCCAGUGAACUGCUUUGGAGCUGCGAUGGUCGUUGCGACUUUAUGCGGAUGUCUCCGGACCAGUCUAUAUUGAACCGACUGCAACAAAUGGGAACAUCCAGCAUCGGCCGAAAACAUCGCGGCAUAGACUAAAUAUUACAGCUUCAUGUAAUUUUUAAAGUUGGGGAAAUUCAGACAGAGGAUUCUGUGGAGUUUGCAGCAGCAGGUGUUUUCUAGUUGGAUUUUAGCCCACUGAUAUUCUCCCACAGCCAUGGAAUCGACGGUUGAUGACGAUGCAAUGGCAGCGUGAAUGAAGCUUGGCGUGGGGAGAGCUGAACGAUGCCCAAAGGUGGGGGUUCUAAAACCCCCCAGCUGGACCACUUCCCACUCAACACCGACAUGGUGGAGAAGCAGGGUGGGAAGAAGGAUAAAGUGUUGUCAAACAAGACUCCCAAAUUGGAUCGCAGUGAUGGGGUCAAAGAGAUGAAAGAAAAGGCCCCUAAAAGGAAGUUGCCCUUCACUGCAGGAGCUAAUGGAGACCAGAAAGAUUCUGACUCAGAGAAACCAGGUCCAGAGCGGAAGCGCAUUAAAAAGGAGCCCACCAACACCCGGAAGGCGGGCUUGCCGUUUGGAAUGGGGAUGCCAGGGAUCCGGGCCGGGUACCCCCUCUCAGAGCGGCAGCAGGUGGCCUUGCUCAUGCAAAUGACAGCUGAGGAGUCCGUCAACAGUCCAGACACAACACCAAAGCACCAGUCACAGUCCAGUCUGGGUCAGAAGGGAACGCCAAACUCUGCAUCUAAAACCAAAGACAAAGUGAAUAAACGGAAUGAGAGAGGUGAAACUAGGCUGCACAGAGCAGCAAUACGUGGGGAGGUACGACGCAUCAAGGAGCUCAUAAGUGAGGGAGCUGAUGUGAAUGUAAAAGACUUUGCAGGCUGGACUGCAUUGCAUGAAGCGUGUAACAGGGGGUACUACGAUGUGGCCAAGCAGCUGCUGGCAGCCGGGGCAGAGGUCAAUACCAAGGGACUGGAUGAUGACACACCUUUACAUGAUGCGUCUAACAAUGGACAUUUCAAGGUGGUCAAGCUACUUUUACGAUAUGGAGGGGAUCCACGACAAAGCAACAGAAGAGGUGAAACACCAUUGAAAGUUGCCAACUCUCCAACUAUGCUGAAUCUAUUGCUGGGCAAAGGCACUUACACCUCAAGUGAAGAAAGCUCAUCAGAGUCCUCAGAGGAGGAAGAUGCGCCUUCAUUUGCCCCAUCCAGUUCUGUGGAUGGCAAUAACACCGAUUCAGAGUUUGAGAAGGGCCUUAAGUUGAAAGGGAAAAACCUCGAUCCUCCUAAAUCUGCUGUCACACCUGUCAAAGAUGAAUAUGAAUUUGAUGAGGAUGACGAGGAGGAACGAGUUCCCCCUGUGGACGACAAGCACCUCUUGAAAAAAGACUUUCGUAAGGAUUCAAUCAGCAAGGCCAACAGUUUCAUCUCCAUACCCAAGAUGGAGGUCAAAACCUAUUCCAAAAGCAACUCGCUCACACCAAAGAAAACUGUCAGGAGAAUCAUCUCAGACAGUAACAGUUCGGACGAGGAUGAUAGGACGUUGUGUUUUGCACCUACACCUACAUCACGGCAACAGGCCCAGCAAACAAAUACCAAGUCUAGAGACUCUGGGAGCCUGAGCUCUAAACAACAAAAAGACAAAAAUAAAGUAAAAAAGAAGCGGAAGAAGGAGAGUAAAAACAAUGUUAGUAAAGAAGUCAGGUUUGGUAAAGUCAAUGACAAAUUCUGUACAUCUGACUCUGAUUGUGGAGAUAUGGAGAGUGAGGAUGAUAAGGGCUCAAACAGUAUUAAGGACUCUUCUGCAACGAGCCUGAAGGAGUCACCUGGCUUUAACGCAUCCUCCUCCUCUUCCCAUGGAAACUUGAACUGUCAAAAACAAACGCCGUCAUUAGCAGAACAACAUCCAAAGCAGUGGAGGACAGAUGGCUGGAAGACUGUGUCUUCUCCUACAUGGUCAGAUGUCAGUUCUCUUUCAGAUUCAGUCAGAACAAGACUGUCCAGUGAAUCUGACUACUCCUCUGCUGAUUCCAGUGUAGAGUCAGUAAAACAAGUUAAGAGGAAAGCGCAGGACAACAAAAAGAAGAAUAACACGCACAGUAACACCGAGAAAAAAAAUUCUGAGCUGUACAAGAACUCCAAUACAGACGGCACGGCCUCAAAAACUGAUGGAGAUGGUAAGGUGCUGAAAAAACAUAAAGUAAAACACAAGCACAAAAACAAGGAAAAAGACAAAGCUCCUAGCCUGGUGCUUAAUCAAGACAUGAAUGAGAAGUUUGUGAAGAGCUAUUCUUUUGAUUUUGACGAUUCAAGACAGAAAUCCCUAAUCGUUGAAUCGGAAUCUCCAGCUGAGGGCAAGGUCAAGUUAUCCAAACACGAAAAAGACCAUUCAAAAAAGGAGGAUAGGCUUUUGAAAAGCAAGUCUGAGGACAAGGAGUGGUCAUCUGGGAAAGACCUGCACAGAGCAGUAAAAGAGGAGAAAAACAAGAAAGCCAAGGAUUCUGCCAAGGAUAAGACAAGUAAGGAAGAGAGAGAGAAACCUGUAAAAUCUGACAAGGACAGAAAUGUCAAAGAGAAGGAAAAACCCAAGGAGGAUAAACAAAAAGCUCACAAGGAGGAAAAGAAGAAAAAGUCCAAGGAGAAGUCCUCUUCUAAAGCAGACAGGAAAAGUGAGCAAAAAGAAGAAAAGCAUCAAAAGGCAGACAAGGAGAAGAACUCCAAGGAGGAGAAAGAGAAAUGUAAAAAGGACAAAGCUCAGAAGGAAGAGUCUGAGUAUGAAGGCUAUGACGUUAAUAACCGCUUCCUCAACCUGGAGGACACAAAACUCAGUGCAUCAGACGACCACCACGACAGAUGGGGCUCAGAGAUGUCUUCUGACUCCUCUCUCUAUGGUGACGACAGCUGGGAUGCUCCUGUCAAAGAGUACAAGGAAUACAAAGCCAACAACGCUGUUAAACUAAUUGUUGAGACUGUUAAGGAAGAGACGAGGAGGAAAGAAAACAAAGUCAAGGACAAGAAGUCUGAUCACAAUGAGAAAAGAUCAGAAAAAGAAGCUACUUCUAAGAAGAAAGACAAAGAAUCCUCAGAGAAGACAAAUGAAAAGAAAAAAGACUGGUCUGAAAAACAAAAACUAAACUCCAGUCAUUCAGCAGAAAAAGAAAAGAAAAGGAAGGAGUCCACAGAAACAGUCAAAGACAAAAAAGAUAAGGAUUCUUUGGAUGGCAGUCGAGACCGUAAAGACUCAUAUGAGUUCAUGAAGGAAAGAAAGGAUAUUAAAAUCAAGCAGGAGUCCAUAAGAGAUGAGUACAGCAAUGAUACUUUCUUUAAAGACAUGGAUGCUGUUGGCAAAUCCUGUGAUAUCAGAGAAAGAAACCACUCUGGAAAGGAGAAAGAAAAGAAGGGUGAAGGAUUGGAAAAGAGAGAGAAGACAAAAGCCGACAAGCACAAGGACAAAACAAAAGACAGAGGGAUAGAUCAGGAGAAGGAGAAGAGUGAGAAAAGCUCCACAGAUAAAACUGUUAAGGAAAAAGAUGGAGAUCGAGGCACCAAAGACAAGAAGGAAGGAGCCAAAGACAAACAUAAAGAGUCUCAUGGCAAAGACAAAGAUCGAAAAAUGUCAUCAGAACUAGCAAAGGAUAAGAAAGACAAAGCCUCUCAAGACAAGCAUACAGAUAGGGAAAAGGAUUUCUUAGAGGUCAAGAAGGAGGAGAGAAAACCUGAGAAAAUCAGAGAGAAAACAUGGUACAAGAUAGCAGACAUAUUCACUGAUGAAAGUGAUGAUGACGAGGACAGUUACAGCGGAGGUGGUGCACUUGACUCCAUGAGAAAAGAUUCAACACCUGAUCAUGAUGAGCUCGAUCAUUUCCCCUCUGAAAAGAUAAGAAAAUCUGCAGAAGCUAAACAUAUCACAGACAAAGCAAAAGACAAGGAACACAAAGAGAAGAAGAAAGAAAAGGCCGUAUUUGACACAGGCAAAGACAGGAAAGGUUCCUUAGAGAAACACAACAAGGAUAAGAAGGAUUCUGUGGAUGCAAAACAUAAGGAAAGAAAAGACAGAAUAUCUGUGGACUCUAACCAAGACAAGAAGAAUAAGCAGAAGCUUUUGGAUAAACGGGACACCAGCGAGGAGAAGACCAAAAGUAAAUACAAAGACAAGUUAGACCAUUCGAAGGAAAGGAAACCAUCAAAAGGCAGUGGGGAGAAUGAAAAGUCCCUCCUAGAAAAACUGGAGGAGGAAGCUAUGAAUGACUACAAGGAUGACUCCAAUGAUAAGAACAGUGAAAUCUCCUCAGACAGUUUUACUGACCGUGGACAUGAGCCAGUCCUCAGUUUCUAUGACAUCAGCCUGGCAGAUGUGUCCGAGGACAGGAGAGACUCCCUGUCCAUAUCGACACCACAGGAUAAGUUUAGAGAGAAAGAAAGACAUCGACAUUCCUCUUCAUCCUCAUCCAAGAAAAGCCAUGACAAGGAGAAAGAAAAGGUCAAGAAGGACAAAGGAGACAAACGAGACAAAACCGAAGAGAUUAGAGAAUCUUACAGCCGCAGAGAGAGCUUACCUUUUGAGAAGGAGCCUAUGCCUCUAGAGGCAGAUCCGUACACAUUUCCAUACGGAGGUAAAGGAGAUGGGGAAGACGACUUUGAUAAGACACUGGAAUUUGAAAAAGAGAUGUCCAAGAAGGACAAAGACAAAGCAUCCACUGUCAUCAAUGACCGGAUGAAAGACAAAAAGAAGAAAGAGAAACACAAGGAAAAGGUAAAAGAGGAGAAGAAUAAGUACAUUGACGGAUUUGGGUCAUUUAAACACUCUAAAGAGGAUGUCAAGUCAGGGUUAAAAGACAGCCCACAGCUCACUGUCCUGAAAGACAGGUCAAAAGAAGACAGUCCUAAAUUUGAAAUUAAAAAGGACAGAAAUCGAGAUCCAUUGGAUAAAGACAACAGAAUGGACCACAGCAAAUCCAAGUCAAAAGAUGAAAAUGAAAAGCUCACUCAGGCCAAAGACACACCAGUACGGAAAGAUAAUCGUCCACGUGAAAAACUAUUGGUGGAUGGUGAUCUCCAAAUUACAAGUUUUGGUCAGAUGUUGAGUCUGAAAGACCAGGAGAUUGAAGAAAAACACAAGCGACAUAAAGAAAGAAUGAAGCAGAUGGAAAGGCUGAGACCUAAAACAGGAGAUCCUAAACUCAAGGACAAAGCCAAGUCCACAGAGGAAGUACGGAAAAACCGCAGUGAGCUAUCAAAGAAAUCUAACAGCCUGGAGUCUGGUCUGAAAGAAAAGAAGUUAAAGGAUGUUGGCCUCCCAGCCCAAAUGAUGUCCCCUGGCAGGAAGUUCCAGCCUUCUGACAGUCAGAAUUCAAAGGACUGGUUGGCCGGCCACCAAAUGAAAGAGAACCUUCCGGCUUCUCCCAGACCAGAUCAGAACAGGCCGACCGGUGUCCCCACACCAACUUCUGUCAUCUCCUGCCCUAGCUAUGAGGAGGUAAUGCAGACUCCACGGACCCCAUCUUGUAGUGCAGAGGAUUAUCCUGACAUUAUGUUGGAUGGGCUGGACUGCCAGAACACAUCAGCUAUGACAAUGUCCAUGAAUGCCUGCUCACCAUCUUUCUUUGAAAGCAGGUACUCCAACUCACAGAGUUUCCAGGAGGGCACCUGUCCAACACCUGCCAAAAACCUCCAACUCCCGCUCAUCAGCCGUUCUGAAACAUCUGAUGUCCGCAGGCCUCUCGAGGAUGAGUUCAAGGCUGAGGCAGAUAAGUUCCUCCGACAACAGAGUGACCCAGCUGCUGAAUUUGAUCCAGCAUCAUCGUCUCAAACUCUUGAGGAAAAGUCAGCAUCUGUGGAAAGGCUGGAGUGCCUGUCGCCUCCCUAUUUCUCCCCCAGGAGGAUUUUGUCUCCUCGGCGGGAACCAGCCCAUCCAAUGCCAGACGUGGUGGCACCGAGUCUUUCUGGAACUGAGGGUAAUGAACAUCUUCCUGAAAGCGUGUACAACAGUUUCUUGCCAAAACCCUCCACACCAGUUCACAGGCCAGACCCUCAGGAGCCGUGCCUUGACAUAGCUGCACCUCCAACACCAGCUCCUGCUGCUUUGCCGCCACUUGAUAUGGAUGACAUUUCUGAGCCUCACCACAGUGAGCCUAACUUGGUCCUCUCAGAUCUUCCCUCUGUCACUGAGCAACAGGACCCAGACCAGGAAGAGGAAGAUGAAGAGGAGGAAGAGGAGGAGGAAGAGGAAGAUGGUGAUUUGGAUGACAGAGUUGAGGGAGAGCACUGUGCAGUGGAGGAACCAGAGCAAGACAGAGAGCUAUGUUCCUUCUCACCUCAAGUUGAGGACCCUCUGAGGAAGAGCUGGCCUGUAGAGUCUCCAGACCGACAAGACCCAGAGGUCCACCAGCUCUCCCCCCCACAUGCUGCCCCUAAUCACGGAGACAACUGCUUUGAUCACAGCAUGGGCUGGAACUCUGAAAUGGAUCUCAAGUCUCCUCACAGGACAUAUGGGGAGAUAGAGGCAGCGGUCUCUAAAAUAACCAGUCCAUAUUCCCAUUCAGAUAGUGACUUACAGCACAUACCUGGACACCCCUCCAUCAGCUCCCCUUAUGCUAGUUGGAACAAGUGGCAUAAAGAGGAGCAGGACUUUGAUGAGCAGAAGGAGGCUGUGGCUGACAUCCCCUCUCCAGAGAGACCUGACACAGGUAUGGAUGGGGAAUCGAACAACUAUUUAAACAACUCAUCAUCAAAUAGGCUGGAGUCUUUUUUCCAGGACUGCAACAAGCCAAGUAUGGAUGAUGAUCACCAGAUUGACUCAGAGGCACCAUGUGUUGAACCAGACAGCAGACAGAGCACCCACUGCUUCAGUGCUGCUGAUGGUCACAUGGCACCAACAGUGGGUCCUGAGCCUGUGGUGCCGUGGGCAGACCCAUUCUCGGCAGACCCAGAAGAACUUGAUGACCUGGGACCAUUCUCUCUGCCCGACCUACCGCUGCCAGACAAAUCAGAGGAGGCUGAAUCUCGGGAACCGGAACUGGCUGACCACAGUAAGGUGGUACCGACCCAGAUUAGACAUAUCAUCACAGACAGAGGUGAGCCAGAAAUGAUGGACACGGACCUACAAAGCCUGGCUAAGACUUCAUGUACUGGUGGGGACCUAGGUUUGAGGGAGUCUACAGGACAAGACGUAAUUGUACCAUCACCGCAUGCCAACUUCCAGCAAGAGUUAGACCCUGAGCCUCAAGGUGUGCCAGUCAGCUGCUCUCUGACUCUAACACAACAGCAUAGCAACAUGUUGGAAAGAAAAGGACCUUAUGGGGGACCUGAUGACCCCGAUCCUAACAUGUUGUAUCCGCUUGUGAAAUCAGAUGCCACUCCGCAACAUCACAUUCAGAUUCAUCCACUUCCAGAGUCUUUGCAGAUACCCCUGGAUUCAGUGUUUGCUGUUAAGCCAGAAGGUAGGCAGGAGGAGAUGUCUGAGCCUGUAACAGAACCAGUACCAUGCAGUCCCCUUCCACAGCUCCCAGUGGCUGUCAGUCUCUCCAGUACCGUGGAACUGUCAGACUCUCAGGAGACCUCAUCCAAGCUGACACCAGUAACGCUAACCACAGUGUCCGCCACUGUAGAUAUCCCUAAGAAAGUGGAUGAAAUCCCUCAGAGGAUGACCCGCAAUCGCGCCAAGAACAAUCCUGCUGCUGCUGCUGUUGUUGUCCCUCCUACCUCCAGUAUAAUAACCUCAUCUGCCACUCCCACCCCUGUAACAACCAGUCUAGCAGUGGGCAUUAACCCUGUUCCUACGAGAACCCCAACACCCACCUCAGCUUCCUUCUCAGCUCUAAAGAAAGAGAAAGAAACUGUGCUUAGCGUUACCUCUUCUGUAUCUAAUUCAACCACAGCGGUGUCUGUAUCCACUUCCGUGACAACCACUGCACCAGUGGUUCUUGGUAAAACAACUAAAGGUCGCCCUAUUCCUGUGGAUGAGGAGGAGUCUCAAACCCAGCACCCACGGAAGAGGAAAUUCCGAUCGGCUGGACAGCAAGUCCAGGUCCAGCUUGUAAACACAGCCAUGCAGCAGACCAGAGAAAUGAUUCAGCAGACCUUGGCUGUAGUGGUCAAUGCCAUCAAGCUGGAUGAUAUUGAGCCUUACCACAGUGACCGGUCCAACCCUUACUUUGAGUACCUCCAGAUCCGGAAGAAGAUUGAGGAAAAGAGGAAAAUUCUGUGCUAUAUCACCCCACAGGCCCCUCAGUGUUAUGCUGAAUAUGUGACCUACACUGGCUCCUACCUGCUGGAUGGCAAACCACUCAGCAAGCUUCACAUUCCUGUGAUUGCCCCACCUCCAUCGCUGUCAGAACCUCUGAAGGAGCUCUUCAGACAACAGGAGGCUGUGAGAGGGAAGCUCAGGUUGCAGCACAGCAUAGAGCGGGAAAAGCUAAUAGUGUCAUGUGAGCAGGAGGUGUUAAGGGUCCACUGCAGAGCAGCCAGAACAAUAGCCAAUCAGGCUGUGCCAUUCAGCGCCUGCACCAUGCUUUUGGACUCCGAAGUGUAUAACAUGCCAUCAGAGAGUCAGGGUGAUGAGAACAAAUCGGUGAGAGAUCGUUUCAAUGCUCGUCAGUUUAUUUCAUGGAUUCAGGAUGUGGAUGAUAAAUACGACCGCAUGAAGACAUGUUUGUUGAUGCGGCAGCAACAUGAAGCAGCAGCCCUCAAUGCAGUUCAAAGAAUGGAGUGGCAGUUGAAGGUCCAGGAGCUGGAUCCAGCAGGGCACAAGUCCCUCUGUGUCAACGAAGUGCCGUCCUUCUACGUGCCAAUGGUCGAUGUCAACGAUGACUUUGUCCUGCUGCCUGCAUGACACCCCUGCACUCCCAGAGACAGAGAGCAACCGUGGUCUGAAUCACUUCUUCUCAAAGAGACUUCGUUAAAUAGAACGAAUGGAAAGGGCUAGCAAGUUUGAAAGAGGACUUAAGACAGAAGAAAUAUAUUAUAUAGAAAAAGAGAUGAAUAAACUUGCUUUCAAUUCCCUUCCGUGAAGAAGGAAACGUUUUUACUGGGGAAAAAGAAAAUACACAACUUGCACUUUCAUCCUCAAAGUUUUUAUGCUUUUUUUUCAUUUUUUGAUCAGAGUACAAGAAGCAGAAACAGUUUUUGCUUCGAUACUCUGACACUGGGUCACAGCUACUUAGUGCUCAGAUAAAGUGAGACGGGACAGAAAUCUAUUUUCUGUGUUCGUUUUUAGUCCCAGCUUCUGCAGACCCACCGCUGGAAGGAGGAUCAGAGAAGAGCUCUCCCAACGGUGUGGUGCCUGUCCUGGGGGAGGACUGAGGACAAGCCUCCCCUGGUGACCUUGGGCUCCUGGUGGACCGGGAGGAGCACACAGCGUCCAGUGCUGACCCAGAGGAUGUCGAAGGAGGUGCGGUGCAUCAUGUGGAUCUUCAAUGUGUAUCUAUGGCAGGAUGGCUGGAAUGGACAGACCAGGCGGCUACAAGCAGCCGUUAAUGUUUUUGAGCCUGUGAGGCUGUACAUGUGGAGCACACCCUCUGUAUUUACACUGCACUAGGCCUCGCUAAACAUUUGAGCAACGACGCCUGCAGCAAGUCAGAAUACGACGGAGGGUUGGUGAUGUGUGUGCACGUCAGGGCUCGGUGUUUGAGAGGAAGAGACUGAUCCUGCAGCCUCUCAGCCUGGCUAAACAGAAGAGGACAAGUACGGAUCUCUGAGGACAGACCGGAGUGUUCCUCGGCCUCCAAGCUUGAUCCAAAAUAAACGUGUGAGUGCGCCAUAGACUGCAAAAAAAACACCACAGGACAACCAGAAGAAACAAAUAUAACGAAUGUUACGAUUCAAAGAGACUAUUAAGAAAAUGUGGUUUGGCAGGAGAGAAAUAUUGUUUUUGUCUAUUUCUUUACUUGGGCAUUUCAUUGUUUCUGAGGAAGUGACUUGAAACACUACAGAGCCAAUAUUAGUUUAAUGGAAAAAAACAAAAGAAAACAGAAAAAAAGUUGUAUUCCGUAAAUUAUGUACAGUUUUUAUAUUCGUUAACCAAUGUAUUCUUGCUGCCUUCUAGAUAAUUUAUUUUGCCACACAUUACUGCACAGUUGUAAAUAACCUAUGUACUGUAAUAUCACUCAGUUAAGUGUAAAGAAAAAAACAUAAAAGAAAUAAAAAUUAUCUUUUUAUGUACAGUUCACUUUUGGGCAGCACUUUCCCCCCUCAUAUCCAUGGGCCAAAAUGUGUGUGACUCCAGUGCACAGUUGUAUGAUCCCGUCUCUAGAUUCAGUCCAGGGUUAGAUGAGGCAGUUCACCCGGACGUGGAUUAUCACAACACACAAAUAGCUGUCAGAACUAUUCUGGAUUAAACAGGCCUCCCCACAAGCCAACCACCAUAUAGUCCCUCAAAUGUAGCAAAAUAGUUGUUGAGGAUUUAUUUAAAGAAUAGACAGAGGAUUAUUAUUCAUUGCUUUACUACACAAUUAUAUCUGAAAAAUUUCGAGCCAAGAAAAUGCCUUUUUCAGUGAAAAAAAUGUAAUCAUUGUUGGGCAGUCACAUAGAUAUAUAUGGGUGGGGUGAAAGUAAGAGAGAUGUCAUUCACAAGCAAAACUGUCAUUAAUGUGUUAUCAUUGUUUUAAUUUACGAGAAUUGAACUGAAGUCAUUUCUAAUCGUCACAAAACAUCAUUGUCAAAAACCAACAAGACACGGGUCUUUCAGCACAUGACGUGUUCUGUUCUCCCAGCUUGUCGGCUCUUCACACAGAAUAGACUGAAGCCAUUAAAAGCUGUCAUUCCACUCUGAUUUUUUUUUUUGUUUUUUUGUUUUUUUUUUAAACAUUGUGUUGGGUGUCUGUCUGCCCCUUGUCCAUUCUAGGAGAGCAGCUUAUUUUCUAGGUGCUGUUCCAUCUUUACUCACUUGAUGGUGCCAGUGGUCUUCUGUGUCAAAAACUGAGACUCUUGGCUUUGCAUGAGACCUGUGGCCUUUGACAUUAAUGGGUAUUUUAAAAUUUAAUUAACGUCUCCUAGAUCAAUUCCCUUAAACCACCUCGGUCCGUUUCUUAAUCACCGCAGGCUCAGAAACAUUGGCUCCCGUCACAUUUUAUCUGCGUUUAAUCUACAAGGGGGUUAGUUUUAGUGUUGUCAGGGAUUUUAAAUGUUAGGUUAAAGUUACUUCCUCAUGACUCUGCUCCAUGGUGGCGUUCAUAACCAUGUUCUUCGUGUCAGGCCCAAGCAGUUACGAGACUUAAAUCUUCUCAGUAUGAACCAAAAAGUGGACAGACAUUAACACAGACAGUGGGAAGAAUCGGUAUAUGCUGAAAUGAGCGCAAAGAUAGAUUUUUAUUGUCUUCAGUUGAAACACCCAUUGAAAAUGUUGAUUUGUGAUGAGUUGUAUUGAUUUUCUAUUUUUAAUGGGUCUUGUUUUUUGAAACGCUUUCGCGACCUACCACAUAGGCUGCCCGUCUGUGUGUGAGAGCUGCUCAUUUAUCCUGAUGGCAAUAUUAUCUUUUCAGUCAUUUACACACUGUCCGUCAGCAUAGCUGUGUAUGGUAUGUCUAGUCAAGUGCAAUGGUUGUUGCUAUUACACUGUGCAGACAAGGUGGCUAGAUGUAUAGUCCUGGAUAUUUUUGAGAGAUACACACAUUGUGGUCGUUAAACAUGCAGAUUUGGAUACAGAUAGCCAGGAAUUUGGUUUUUAAUCCCCUGUUUGUCAUGUUUUUCUUUGCAUUUUCUUGUUUUCUUACAGUUUUUGGGAAGAGGUUUAGUGUCUAUUGUUGAGAGAAUCUUUGUUUUGUUGUCUUUUUUUGUGUAUGUAGUGUUGAAUGUUGUUUCUUUUUUGUUUUGUUUUGUUUUUUUUUGUUCCUGUAUAAAACAUAAACACCAGUGGCAUGUCAAUCACAUUGCUUAUCGAGCAGAAUGUAUACCGUUACUAUGCCCUGAACGACCACACCCUCACUAUUGUUUACAAGACAUCAAGUGUGUUUCUGUUUCAUGUGUUGCGUUUUGUUUUUUUUUUUUGUUUUUUUUUUUAAUGGUUUAAGCCCUGCCUUUGUUUUUACUUCAAUAAUCAGUCAUUUAUUUCAACCACAAAGGCUUGAAAUGGUGAUGGUUGACACAGACCUUCAUUGAACAACUAACAGGCGAUUUGUCCCCCCACCCCCUCAUGCCGCUGCACAGAGCAAUAGACUAAACACAUCCAUCCACGUCGAUUCUCCAGUGUGAAAAUUCAACUAACAAAGAGUGAUUCCCUGGGUCGGUUGAAUCCAGAGACACGUCAGUCCUCAGAUGCACAGUAGAGCAGCACUUGGCCGUGGUGAUCCAGAUGCUAGCCUGACACCACCUCAGUCAGCAACAUAUUACCUCUACUCUCUUCACAUUCACUCAUAAUGUUUAUUUUAGACUUGUUAUUUGUUGUUUAUUUCUUACUGGACAUAAAUAUACAUAAUUGAUAUUUUUUCAUUAUAUAGAAUCACGAUUUCAAGCCUUUUUUUUUCUAGUUUUCUUUUGUUUUUGUUUGUUUUUUUAAUUAAAACCCAGACUGUAGCUGUUUCUUUGUUCCUUUUUUAGAAUGGAAAAUGACUAAGAAAAAGCAUGGAGAACUACUCUUUAAAUGGUGAGAAAUAACCUAUUUAUUAUCUUUUUGUUUUUUCUGACACCUGUGGUAUGUUUUGAGUUGAAGUUGGUCUCCGCUGUGUAAAUUUUCCUCCUUGUAAUGCGUGAAAGAGACAUACUGUACAUAGCUCUGUAAAUAAAACCUCCCAGGACGUUUUGCACCCUCCUCUUUGUACUAGUCUGAAAAAUUGCGUAGAAUGUGGGGUUCUAACAGCAACGGGCUGCGUGCGCUCGCUGCAGGUGAUUAUGAUGUAACAAUGUAACAUUUUUUUAUUUGUACAAUGUAGUUUAUUUGUGUACAUAUUGUUGGAGCAGCUAAGGGGGGAGGGAGGGUCUAAGGGAGGGGGUUGUCGAUGCUAUUGUCAGUGCUGUAACAAAUCCAGUACUUUCACCUCUAGCUGUUGUUGAUUUCCUGCAAAAAAAAUUAAAGAAAAAAAAACCAUAAAAAAAAAAACACAAAUGCGAGAAACUGAAAAUGAGGAUGGACGGGGGAAAAAAACUUAAACUGAAAAGUAAAAAUUCUAAAUUGUUAUUUUCUACAGUUGCAUGUACAGAGAGCGCGAGAACUGCUGUUGUUCCUCAGAGAUUAUGUUCGUUAAUAAAAUUUUGAAAUAUUA